CUUAUGAAAAAAAAAAGGAAAAAAAAUAAAAAAAAGGAUUUUGUUGCCUCCCCUUGUGUAAAAUUCAGAUAUCUGUCUACCCUUUUUCCUCCUAAUUACAGAUGUUGCUGCGUUUGUCCCUUUUCUUCUAUAAGAAGUAGAACCAACCACACCAACUAAACCUAAGUCACUUUUUUUUCUUCCUGAGAAAUUAGCCAUGUCUGGUUUGUAUAAUCCCAAUUUCUCACCAGCUAGAGCUGCUUCUCCUCAGAUUAGAACCACCCCAGAUGUGGACAGUCAGUACGUGACUGAGUUGUUGGCAGAGCAUCAAAAGCUUGGACCUUUCAUGCAAGUUCUUCCCAUAUGCACUCGUCUAUUGAAUCAAGAAAUAAUAAGAGCUUCUGGAAUGUUGUCCAAUCAAGGUUUUGGUGACUUUGACCGACUGCGGCAUAGAAGCCCUAGUCCUUUGGCAUCUUCCAACCUCAUGUCAAAUGUCACUGGGACAGGAUUGGGUGGAUGGAAUGGUCUUCAGCAGGAGAGAUUAUGUGGAACUCCUGGAAUGACAAUGGACUGGCAAGUUGCUCCUGCAAGUCCCAGUUCAUACACUGUUAAGAGGAUUUUGCGCUUGGAAAUUCCAGUUGAUACAUACCCCAAUUUCAAUUUUGUUGGAAGACUUCUGGGACCUCGAGGCAAUUCCCUGAAACGGGUAGAAGCUACUACAGGUUGCCGGGUGUAUAUUAGAGGAAAGGGAUCAAUAAAGGAUCCAGACAAGGAAGAGAAAUUAAGAGGAAGACCAGGCUAUGAGCAUCUCAAUGAGCCACUACACAUUUUAAUUGAGGCUGAUUUACCUGCUAAUAUUGUUGAUAUAAGGCUCAGGCAGGCUCAGGAAGUUAUAGAAGAAUUGCUCAAACCUGUGGAUGAGUCCCAGGACUUUAUUAAGAGGCAGCAGUUGCGGGAAUUAGCAUUGCUGAAUUCAAAUUUCAGAGAAGAGAGUCCUGGACCAAGCGGUAGUGUAUCUCCAUUCAAUUCUAGUGGAAUGAAAAGAGCAAAAACUGGUAGAUGAAAGGGGUUUCCUUCUUGUUGUGGACGGUUUCAUUGCUGGGAGUAUCUUCCAGUACAUCUCAAUCAAUGCAGCUUUUAAAGAAUAGGCUAACAAUUAUUGCUGUCUAGUAUUCUGGUGGUUUUUCAUUCCCCCCCCUCCUUUUCAUCCUACAUUUUUCUUCUUAAACAAAAGGAGGCAAAGCUAGAAAGGUUUUCAGAAAAAAAAAAAAAUUUUAAAAAAGAAGAAAAAGAAAGAUACAUAGUUGGGUAUUGAGAAUAGGCUUUGUUCAGAUCAGUCUUUUGUAAACUUGAUACAUUUAUUGGAUUUAUUCUUGCGUCAGUAACUCAUGAGAAGUGUGGAAUAUACAUGUGAUGGGUGAAGUUUUAGGUCCAAGUGGAUCAAGUUUUGUGGGCAUGUGACAUGUCAAGUUAGUGUAGGGUGGAUUCUUUUUGGUUAUUUGUCACAAGCAUUUGUAUUCUCUUCCACAGCUAUGCACUGAAGUUGGAACGAGGCAUGUCAUACAUACAGAUAUCUAACCAUGUCUCAUCAAAUGAAAAACCGUGGUAUUCCUUUAUAUAUAGAAUAGUACAUAUCUUAUUUC